UCACAUUGUCAGAGUUAUUAAGAAAAAUAAAGCGUCAGAUUUGGUUCUCACGUAGGGAGCUGCCCCAGCCCAUGAUUGGAGGACGGCAUGCCACGUGCACAUGUCUUUACUAUGCCACACGAGCACAUUUGAUUACCUGACAGGUUGCUCUGUAGGGCGGUUGAGGACUCCCACAAAGAAGUCAGACUCAGCUGGUAACUCGAGUAAUGUUGCAUCACUCUGUGCUCCGACUGACAUGUCUUCACUCUUUUUGGUCUGCAGACUGAAAUACAAGACCACACUCUGUUUCGGCUGCAGCUGUUCAGUAACCUCCUGCAGAGCAAACAAAGAUUGUCCACAGACUUGAACUUUUUAAUGCAUUAAGUUUUUUUUUAACAACCACAAUGACUCUGAGCUCAUUCAACAUCGACGCACCACGAUGGGAUCAGUCUACGUUUAUGGGCCGACUGAAACACUUCUUCAACAUCACAGACUGUCGAACGGCGCUCUUACCUGACUCGCGCUUGGAUGAGGCCAAAGCUUUAGUGGAUAGCUGCAGGCUAGGAUCCAUCCCUCCCGGCACCACAGAGGAGCAGCUCCACUACGCUAAGAAGCUGUACGACUCGGCCUUCCACCCAGACACAGGAGACCGCAUGAACCUUAUCGGCCGCAUGUCCUUCCAGGUCCCUGGAGGCAUGGCCAUCACCGGCUUCAUGCUGCAGUUCUACAGGACCGUUCCUGCUGUGGUGUUCUGGCAGUGGGUGAAUCAGUCCUUCAACGCUCUGGUCAACUACACAAACCGUAACGCUGCCUCCCCCAUCACUCCCAAGCAGAUUGGCGUCGCCUACAUUACAGCAACCAGCACAGCAUUAGCAACAGCAGUCGGACUCAACCUCUACACAAAGAAAGCUCCUCCUCUCGUGGCUCGCUGGGUCCCUUUUGCAGCAGUGGCAGCAGCCAACUGUGUUAACAUUCCUAUGAUGAGGCAACAGGAAAUUCUGAAUGGCAUUGCUGUGACAGAUGAAAACGGCAACAAGCUUGGCCACUCUACGAAAGCAGCUGUAAAAGGCAUCACUCAGGUGGUCGUCUCUCGGAUCACCAUGGCCGCACCAGGAAUGAUCAUUCUCCCCAUCAUCAUGCAGAGGAUGGAAAAAUACAAAUUCAUGCAGAGAAUCACGUUUCUCCACGGACCAAUUCAAGUGAUGAUGGUGGGAGUGUUUUUGGUCUUCAUGGUUCCUGCGGCCUGCUCCCUGUUCCCCCAGAGAUGCUCCAUGGCUGUGUCGAAGCUGGAGCCCGAGCUGAGAGACUCCAUCGUGUCUCAGUAUGGAGACGCUGUACAACGUGUCUACUUCAACAAAGGCCUCUGAGGCUGAUUAGCAUCAUCUGUUCGACACACAAGGCCGAAUACAUGUGCGUUUAUGUAAUUUGUCUUCAUUUUCUAAUUAUUAGUCAUGAAGAAAGGAAACUCGCUGUGGGAUUUUUUAAAUUCUGUUUCUUUGGUUCAAAUUAUUCCUGUUUUCUUGCAUUAAACCGAUACAAGGGACACUGUGUACUCCUGUUGAGAAACCAAAUGAUCUCCUCUCAGGAACAGCGCAUUACUUUGCCAGAUUAAAUCUCUGUUAGUUUGUCCUUCAUGGUGCAACACGUCUAUAGUUGUUUUCGUUGGCUGUUUGUUUGUGUCUCAAUGUUGGAAAAUGCUCUUAAACAGCGUCAUGUUCCUUCUGUCUGCCAAGCUUCCUUACAAUCUGUGCCUUCUACAAAGUGGCAGGAGCAACAACACUUUUUUCUUUUUUUUUUAAACAAAUAUUGGCUUUACUGUGAAACCAGAUAAAUACUUUUAUGCAUGGGUCAACGCUGAGGCGGCCAUUCAGUGUGGUGUCUAAGCUGUGUGAUAAAGGUGGAGGAUACUGCCCUCUUCUGGCAGGAUGGAGAUAGAUGUCUGACUUGUUUGCGUGAUUUAUCUGAAAGGUUUGCCUGUCGGAUCAUUUCACUGUAUAAAUCCUCAGUGUAAGCUGGAAUAAAACCACACAAAUAUUUGAAAUACA